AUGGCUUCGUCAUCUUCUGCAUCAUCGAACUCGUAUUCCGUCUCCUUCGAGCGGCCGAUGCUCCCCUCUCUUCGCUCCCUCCAUCUUCCUGGAUACAAUGACGGUUCCCAUGGCUUGACUGAUGCCUCCCUGCUGAGGGAGAGCGGCAUUGCUCUGCCCAUCUCGAAGGCUGAAGAUGUCCGCACACGCCAAUUCUCCAUCGCCUCCACCUGCACAACUACCUCUCGUCUCUCCUCAUCUCCAUCCUCGUCCUUCUCUACCGCCCCAACGUCUCCCUCCUCCUCACCACCACCUAUGCCGAUGUCGCCCUCGAAAAUCUGCACACCCUCAUCUUAUCAUCCCACCUGCUCUCGUCGCGCCAAAGCCAUUCCUCCUGUCAACCUCGGCUCUGCACCAACUACCACAACCGCCACCGCCACAAUCGUCACGAACAGAUGCUCUCACGUACGCUUCCGUCUCGAGAUCGCAGACUCUUUCGACAAUGCCGACGCCGCCGUGAUCUUCCCUCCACCCACCGCUCCACAUAUCCCUCACGUUUCCACUAUCUCUACGUCCACAUCCACGUUUUCCCUUCCUUCCCCUCGGGCCACGCCUCCUCCUUCUGUUGGUCCUCGCUCCUCCUCCUCCGCUACUUGCACCGGUCUGAGGCCAAGGAUCGCCGAUCCGCUUCUGUUACUUGGUCGCAACGGAUUGAGAUACCUAAGGUCUCCGGAGUGCAAGCUGGCGGCGGGCACGAGGGUCCAUCCAUAUCGUGUGGUCGUUGCUAGUGUUGGCGGGAGGGCACGGACGCAUGCAGCUAGGCCUCUGCGAAAGACAGGUACAAAUGGUGCAGACGCGGCGGUUUGA